AUGCCAUUUAUGCGACCUGUGCAGAUCGUGCAGGAACUGGGAGGUGCAGAUGUGCACACCUCCAAAUCUGGGGUCGCUGAUCACUUUGCUGAGAACGAACCCGAAGCAUUGGCCACCUGCAGAGAGGUCUUGGAGUAUGUGGGUGGCACCAGUGCAGCACAGCCAGAGGUGGAGCCAGAGGAACCAUUACUGGAUCCAGAGGAGCUCUUGGGCCUCAUUCCAGAGGACAACUCCAAGGCCUUUGAGGUCAGACAAGUCAUCGCUAGACUUGUGGAUGGCUCACGCUUCCAUGAGUUCAAAGCUCGCUAUGGUAGCACCUUAGUCUGUGGCUUCGCACACAUCCACGGCUAUCCAGUGGGAAUUGUUGCCAACAAUGGCAUCCUCUUCGGCGAGUCUGCACAGAAGGGGGCACACUUUGUGCAGCUCUGCGGGCAGCGCAAAAUUCCUCUGCUCUUUUUGCAGAACAUCACCGGUUUCAUGGUCGGCAAGGCCUACGAGAAUGGAGGGAUCGCACGUGAUGGUGCCAAAAUGGUCAAUGCCGUUUCUUGCGUAGAUGUGCCCAAGAUCACAGUGAUCAUUGCUGGAAGCCACGGUGCUGGGAACUAUGGCAUGUGCGGUCGUGCCUAUGACCCCCGCUUCCUCUUCACCUGGCCCAACUCGCGAAUCAGCGUGAUGGGAGGGGCUCAGGCAGCUGAAGUGCUUGCGACUGUCAAGCAGGACCAGUUGAAACGCCAGGGCAAAGCUGCCAUGACUUCAGAGCAGCUCCAGGAGUUUAAGCAGCCCACCUUGGACAAAUACGAAGCCGAAGGUAGUCCUUACCAUUCCACUGCACGUCUCUGGGACGACGGCAUCAUUGAUCCUCGCGACACACGCAAUGUGCUGGGCCGCUGCCUACGCAUCUGCAGUCGGGCGCCGGGCAGUGGAUCCACUGGUGCCUACGGGGUCUUCCGAAUGUGAAAGCCCUGAGAAGUUGGCCGCGUGCCCGGGGUCCAAAAAAUAGACAUUUAAUACAUUUUAACGCAUUUAAUCACU